UCAUCAUCAUCAUAACAACCCCCCCAAAAAAAUCGCGCUGCAGGAAGAGAAAGGCACGGAACGGCGCCCGAGGGGAAGAAAUCGCAAGUAGUUAUAUUUCCCAUCACUUGUACUAUAAGAGGCGAGAAGAGACCCAUUCAAGAGAAUGAGUGAACUGGAACAGUUACGGCAGGAGGCAGAACAGCUCCGGAAUCAAAUCAGAGAUGCAAGAAAAGCAUGCAGUGACACAACUCUUGCUCAGAUCACCACGAGUCUUGACUCCGUGGGUCGAAUCCAGAUGCGUACAAGGCGUACCUUGAGGGGUCAUUUAGCCAAAAUCUAUGCUAUGCAUUGGGGAUCCGAUUCAAGGUUACUAGUGAGUGCUUCCCAAGAUGGAAAAUUAAUUAUUUGGGAUAGUUAUACAACAAACAAGAUGCACGCUAUUCCUUUGCGGUCUUCCUGGGUAAUGACCUGUGCAUAUGCGCCAUCUGGCAAUUAUGUCGCUUGCGGUGGAUUAGACAACAUCUGUUCUAUCUACAAUCUGAAGACACGGGAGGGCAACGUACGAGUGAGCAGAGAACUCCCCGGCCACACCGGCUACUUGUCCUGCUGUCGCUUUCUAGACGAUAACCAAAUUGUUACGAGCUCUGGAGAUACUACCUGUGCUCUGUGGGAUAUCGAGACGGGCCAACAGACGACUGCCUUUACUGGGCAUACCGGCGAUGUCAUGAGUCUUUCUCUAAGCCCAGACAUGAGCACUUUUGUUUCGGGUGCCUGCGAUGCCUCCUCCAAGCUCUGGGACAUCCGAGAUGGGAUGUGCAGGCAGUCAUUCAUGGGACACGUGUCUGACAUCAAUGCAGUUUGUUUCUUCCCAAGCGGCCAUGCCUUUGCCACUGGUUCAGAUGAUGCCACCUGUCGACUCUUUGAUCUUCGUGCAGACCAGGAGCUCAUGUUGUAUUCCCACGACAACAUCAUCUGCGGGAUCACUUCUGUAGCUUUCUCAAAGAGCGGACGUCUCUUUUUGGCGGGCUACGACGAUUUCAACUGUAACGUUUGGGAUACCCUGAAGGGUGAACGUGCAG